CGGGGGAAGUCCACCAUGAAGUCUGUGCUCUUCAGCCGCUUCUUCAUCCUCUUGCCCUGGAUCCUCAUUGUCAUCAUCAUGCUCGACGUGGACACGCGCAGGCCGGCGUCUUCGCUCACCCCGCGCCCCUAUUUCUCUCCCUACGUGGCGGGCCGCGGGGGCGCCCGACUCCCGCUCCGCAGGGGCGGCCCCAACAGCGCCCCAGGACGCGCGGCGGAGAAGCGCAACGAGUCGGGCCCGCCGCCGCAGCCUGAGCCCCAGCUGCCCACCAUCUAUGCCAUUACGCCCACCUACAGCCGCCCGGUGCAGAAAGCCGAGCUGACCCGCCUGGCCAACACGUUCCGCCAGGUGGCGCAGCUGCACUGGAUCCUGGUGGAGGACGCGGCGGCGCGCAGCGAGCUGGUGAGCCGCUUCCUGGCGCGGGCGGGUCUGCCCAGCACACACCUGCACGUGCCCACGCCGCGGCGCUACAAGCGGCCCGGGCUGCCGCGCGCCACGGAGCAGCGCAACGCCGGCCUCGCCUGGCUGCGCCAGCGACACCAGCACCAGCGCGCACAGCCGGGAGUGCUCUUCUUCGCCGACGACGACAACACUUAUAGUCUGGAGCUCUUCCAGGAGAUGCGAACGACACGCAAAGUCUCAGUCUGGCCAGUGGGCCUGGUUGGGGGACGACGCUACGAACGGCCAUUGGUGGAAAAUGGUAAGGUUGUUGGCUGGUACACUGGCUGGAGAGCUGACAGGCCUUUUGCCAUCGACAUGGCAGGGUUUGCUGUGAGCCUUCAAGUCAUCUUGUCCAAUCCAAAGGCUAUAUUUAAGCGCCAUGGAUCCCUACCAGGGAUGCAAGAAUCUGACUUUCUCAAACAGAUAACAACAGUUGAAGAAUUGGAACCAAAAGCAAACAACUGUACCAAGGUUCUUGUAUGGCACACUCGGACAGAGAAGGUUAACCUAGCGAACGAGCCAAAGCACCACCUGGAUACAGUGAGAAUUGAGGUAUAA